AUGCCUCCCGCGGUCUCGCGCAUGCACCCGAGCCACAUGUCGAAUCCUUUCCAACACUUGAAUCCGCAACAUUCCAUUCCUCAGCAAACAUCACACUACCAGACUCAAUCGCAACACCUACCUGGCGGCUUCAACCCACAACAAGCAUUCAGCAGCAAUGCGCUCAAUGGCGGGAUAUCACCGUUCACUCCUAGCUCUGCGUAUGGAGGUAGCGCCUUCAGCAACAUGCCUGGGGCGGCGGCUUCGACGUUCAACGGCGGUGUGCUUGGAGGGCAGGGGCAAGGCUUGGCGAGCGUCGCGGCACAACAAGGCUUUGCGCGAGGAGCGGCGAUGCAAGAGCACUCCCACGCUGCGGCAGAAGCAGGCCUGAUGGGCGUCAAGACUGGAGCGAUGGGCAGGAUACGUGAAGUGUGGCGGCACAACCUCGACCAGGAAAUGGCUGUCCUACGGCAGCUGAUCAUCAAAUAUCCUUUCGUCAGUAUGGACGCCGAGUUUCCUGGCAUUGUCGCUCGUCCCAUCGGUCACUUCGCAGGCUCCAAGGCCGAAUAUCAUUAUCAAACAUUGCGCUGCAACGUGGACAUCCUCAAACCCAUACAGGUCGGCAUCACUCUGUGGACCGCAGAAGGUGAGCUGCCACCACAACAGCCUGAUGCAGAAUUGCUUUCCCGGAUGAACGGCAAAAGUCCAUACCCCAACAAUCUCAUGUACUUGCCAUGUACUUGGGUGUUCAACUUCCACUUCAAUCUCGAGGAAGACAUGUACGCCGAGUCGUCCAUCGAGUUGCUCAAGAACAGCGGCGUCGACUUUGCGCGGCAUAACGAGAUGGGCAUCUCUCUUGACGCUUUCGGUGCAUUGCUGACCACGUCCGGCCUGGUGUUCUCCGAAGACGUCAACUGGCUCAGCUUCCACUCUGGCUACGACUUUGGCUACCUCAUCAAACUUCUCAGCGACAAUGCUCUGCCGCAAGAACAAAAUGAGUUCUUCGAGCAAGUCAGCACAUUCUUCCCCAAACUCUGGGACAUCAAAUUCCUGCUCCGCCACGCACAGCGCAUGCGCGCGCAAGGUCGUCUCGGCGUCGAAGGCACACGCAUCGUCGACGGUCUGGGCACCAAGUCUGGCCUCUCCGAUCUCGCCGACGAACUGCAAUGCCAACGCAUCGGCGUCGCGCACACUGGUGGCUCUGACGCAUGGCUCACAGGAAGCGUCUUCUUCGGCCUCAAGAACAAGAUCUUCAACGGCACAUUAGACGAAGACCUCGCGGACCAGAUCUACGGCCUUCACGGCGUCUCGCAGCCCGCACCACAGCACGUACGAGAUGAAUUCUUCGCAGCACAAGGAACGCCACAACACCAGGCGUCCCAGCAGCAGGUCAACGGCAUGGCCGGUGCGGCAUCGAGUGUCCUGGGCGGCCAAGGCUUCACGCCGAAUCAUCCUAGCACACCAACCGGAACUCACGCAGGAUUGUCGAACCAGACACCAGGUCCGCCUGGCGGAGGAGGGCAUUUCGGGCACGGGAGUUUAGGGCAAGGAGGCUUCGGCGGCUUUCAGUUCGGGAAGUAG